GCGAUUAUAAAGCCAAUUUUCAUGCAUCACAAAUAAACUUGACACCAUCUCCAUCACAAUUCAUUCACAUUGUCAUUUGUCAGUGAGAGAGAGAGAGAAAGAAGAUGACCUCAGAGCUCAUUCACAGAACAACGCAGACACCAGAACCCCCCAAUCGCAGUUCCGGUUCAGCCACGCCGAUGAACCCAAUCCGACAGCGCCUGCCGUUCCUGCUGGUGGGGGUGGCCAUCGCCAGCGUGUUCUUCCACCUCCUCCCUUCUGGGUCCCUAGUGGCCGCCCCCCACGAGUCCUUCCUGGAAACGGAGUUGGCUCUGCCGACUCGGCGCGUGCUGUUGGAAGGAGCGUCGUCGGAGAAGAAGGGAAGGGUUCCUCUGGGAGUGAAGAGCAGAAAGCAGAAGAGGAUCCUGGUGACGGGUGGAGCGGGUUUCGUUGGAAGCCAUCUGGUGGACCGUUUGAUGGAAAGAGGCGAUAGCGUGAUCGUGGUGGAUAACUUCUUCACGGGAAGGAAAGAGAACGUGCUGCACCACAUGGGGAACCCCAACUUCGAACUCAUUCGACACGACGUCGUUGAACCCAUCCUUCUCGAGGUUGACCAGAUCUACCACUUGGCCUGCCCCGCUUCCCCUGUCCAUUACAAGUUCAACCCCGUCAAGACCAUCAAGACCAAUGUCGUUGGCACGCUCAACAUGCUCGGAUUGGCUAAGAGAAUAGGUGCACGUUUUUUGUUGACAAGCACCAGUGAGGUCUACGGUGAUCCCCUUCAGCACCCUCAGGCUGAGACCUACUGGGGCAACGUUAACCCCAUCGGCGUCAGGAGUUGUUAUGACGAGGGCAAGCGUACUGCAGAGACUUUGGCUAUGGACUAUCACAGAGGCGCGGGUAUUGAGGUGAGGAUUGCUCGAAUCUUCAACACUUACGGGCCCAGAAUGUGCAUUGAUGAUGGACGUGUAGUCAGUAACUUCGUUGCUCAGGCGUUGAGGAAGGAGCCAUUGACUGUUUAUGGCGAUGGAAAACAGACAAGAAGCUUUCAAUAUGUCUCAGACCUGGUUGAAGGCUUAAUGCGGUUGAUGGAAGGUGAGCAUGUUGGUCCUUUCAAUCUUGGCAACCCUGGUGAAUUCACCAUGCUUGAAUUGGCUCAGGUGGUACAAGAGACUAUAGACCCAAAUGCGAAGAUAGAGUUUAGACCAAACACAGAAGAUGAUCCACAUAAGAGGAAGCCAGACAUCUCCAAAGCGAAGGAGCUUCUUGGAUGGCAACCCUCUGUGUCCCUCCGUGAGGGACUUCCUCUAAUGGUCACUGAUUUCCGGCAAAGAUUGUUUGGUGAGUCAAAACUCACUGGGGGCAAAGCUGUAUCUGCAUAGAUUAUAAACUCAUCAGGUAGAAAACAGACGUGAAAAAAGUUAGUCAAAAUAAACACGUGUAACAAAUUUGGCUUCAGUAGCUCAUUUUGAAUUACAUUAGAUAUCUAUGUAUUAGUCAUUAAAUGAGAUUCAUAUUUAUACCUCUCGUAGCAAAAUAAACAGCAUCCCUGACAAGGGGAGAAAAUACUUUUUUUUUUCUUGUAUUUGUCUGUAUAUGUGUUUUACAAUCAUAUAUUGCGGAAUGCGUUCUUUUUUC